AUGGGUUGUACUCUGGCAAAGCCUCCCAUGUACUCUCCCCCUCGACGCAUUGAGAAGUUGAAAUCGGAGAAUGGGUUUGUUGGGGGAGGGAGACCCAUUGAUCGCAACCAGCUUCCUAAGGACUCGGCCGCUGCGGUGCCCAUAAAUUGCCAAGUCGAAGAUAAGCAUAUUGUGGGUGGGGUGAAUGCUGAAAGAGGCGGUGGGGGAGACAGGGUGGUUGUGAGAGACCGAGAGGAGAAGAGUGGAAAUGCGUCGAAGAGGGUUCGGUCUAAGAAGAUUGGAGGGGAUGAGCUUGUGGGUGGGUGGCCCAAGUGGCUUGUUGAUAAUGUAUCUGGAGAUUUGCUGUCGGGUUUGGUUUCCAAGAGCGCCGAUUCCUACGAUAAACUUGCUAAGAUCGGGCAAGGAACUUACAGCAAUGUGUACAAAGCUGUCGAUAGGGACACCAAAAAGAUUGUUGCUUUGAAGAAAGUGCGGUUUGACACUUCGGAGCCUGAAAGUGUGAAGUUCAUGGCAAGAGAGAUUAGGGCACUGAAGAUGCUAGAUCAUCCCAACGUGAUCAAGCUUGAAGGACUAGCCACUUCAAGGAUGCAGUAUAGUCUCUAUCUGGUUUUCGAUUUCAUGCAGUCUGACUUGACCGGGAUUAUCUCACGUCCUGGUGUGACGCUCAAUGAAGCACAGGUCAAGUGCUAUAUGCAGCAGCUACUUUCUGGUCUCCAGCACUGCCAUGAAAGAGGAGUUUUACACCGAGACAUUAAACCCGCCAACUUGUUAAUAAACAGUAGGGGAGUGUUGAAAAUUGCUGAUUUUGGUCUUGCAAACGUGUAUGAUCCUGAACAAAAGCGUUCCCUUACAAGCCGAGUGGUGACACUCUGGUAUAGGGCUCCAGAACUACUGUUAGGCUCCACGGAUUAUGGAGCUGGUAUUGAUCUUUGGAGUGCAGGAUGCCUAUUGGCAGAGAUGUUUAUUAGAAGACCAUUUAUGCCUGGGAGAACAGAGGUUGAGCAGCUUCAUAAGAUCUUCAAACUUUGUGGUUCACCCUCAGAGGAUUACUGGAACAAAAUGAAGCUACCGGCAAGCUUCCGUCCACCGCGGCAUUAUAGGCCUAGUAUUGAAGAAGCCUUCAGCCCCUUACCUACCUCUUCAUUUGGCCUUUUGACUACACUUCUUGCUCUAGACCCAACCUCUCGUGGCAGUGCUGCUUCUGCUCUCCAUAGUGAAUUCUUUUCUUCAAGCCCAUUGGCGUGCAAUCUUUCAGCUCUACCAAUUCCCAGGAAAGAGAAGGAUCAAUCUAAAACCCGUGAUCGGAAGAUGCGCAGGACUUCUAAAACAAAACAAUCAACUCGAACAAAAGUUGAUGGUCAUCAGGGAAAGAAACUGAUCAUUGAGCAACCCACUGAAGAUUUUGAUUCUAAUAAAGAGAAAGCAGAGGCACAAAUGCAGAGCCAAGAGAUGGGUUACAGUGGAAGCAGCGCCUCCUCUAGCGUCACAACAACUAGGAAUGACAGAAGCUCGGAUGCAUCCUUAUCCCCAGUUGGUCGUUCUGAUCAAAAGAGGGCACCAAAAACUCAGGUUCAUCCCAAUGCUCUCAAGAACAUCAAGAACCCUACACUCUUGCAGGCUUCCGUAAGUGAUAUCAUCAACCCGAAUGAAGGCAAAAUACUGCCUCAUUAUCGGAGGUCUCUUUCUUCAAUCGAUUUCCGAAGUCUCGAUCUGGAAAAGAUAUCAAAACUCUUCGAAUUCGACAAAGAUAAGGCCAUCAAGGAUAAUCCUCCCUAAUAUGUCCAGUGCCCAUCACAAUCAGCACAUCAACGACACACGAGAUGCCACACAAGUAACCUCUGUGCAGUUGCGUGGGAUGCCAUAGAGGGUCCAGGUUUUCAGUGAAGACGAGGAACAGCAGUCUAUUAAACCCAGAAUAACUGUGUUGUAUGUGUAGAAUAAACUGUAUUUUUUGUAUUGAAUAAGUUUGAACUUUACUACAAAUAUAUAAUAUU